AUGGAGUCAUUACUUGAGAUGCAAAAAGAGCAGCAGAGGAUGGAAAAACGGCUUGAUGAAUUAACCCGAUAUUUAAACACCCCAGCAAUCAAAAAUUUCAAAGAGGUGGACGAGGAAGGAUAUCCAAAUCCUAAUUCAGACAUGAUCAUGGCGUUAAGAAAGAUACGACACGAAUACAACUGCCUUGAAACGGAUUACAAGGAACUCAUGCAAAGAAUGGAAAGCACACUUUUUGGAAUGCAUGAGGCAUCUAAGAAUAAAGAGAGAGAAAAUAGAAACAUUGAAAUGACUCCACUCGCUAUAGUACAAAAGAUCGAUCCAAAUUCACCAGCAGAAAAGUGUGGAUUCGAAGAGGGUGAUGUGAUAAUACAAUAUGGCGGAUAUAAAUACGUCGAAGAUGAAAAGCCAUUGAAUAAAAUAGGACAAAUAACACAAUCAUAUUUAGGAGGAGGAAUUGAAGUACUUGUCGCAAGAAAAGGUAAAGUCUUGCAAAUCACUUUACGACCAAAUGUAAAGGAAAGCUCGAUUUAUUGCGGAUUCUUUAUUGUACCGUAUUAA